CCACCACUCCGACAACUACCACAACACCAACAACUACAACAACCACCACUCCGACAACUACUACAACUCCGACAACUACCACAACACCGACAACUACAACAACGACCACGCCAACAACUACUAAAACUACAACAUCCACCACGCCAACGACUACAACGACUCCGACAACUACAAAAACUACUACUCCAACCAAAACGCCAACAGCUUCCACCACCACCACCACUUCUUCAACUACCAUGCCACUCGCUUCUACUACACAUUGUGUUAAAGUUUGUCGAUCAACAUCACCCCCGAUGCCUAUAUCGUCUUUGACCUCAAAUCAACCGACAUUCACGUCAAAACUUAUGCCUGUUCAACAGCCAAAGUUGACAACUCCGACGACAGCAAUUACUGUAACAUCAAAAGGAAAUACAUCACCGAAUACUAUUAUAAACACCCCCAAGACAACGUCGUCAACUAACCAUACGACAGAAUGUGUACAGGUUUGUAGAACCACUUCACACACGACACCAACUACUUCAACAUCGACAACAACUCCGACAACUACAACAACUCCGACAACUACAACAACUCCGACAACUACAACAUCUCCGACAACAGUAACCACCACAACACCGACAACCACAACUACAACAUCUCCUACUACAACCAGCACAAAACCAACAACUACCACAACCACACCGACAACUACUACUCCAUCAACUACAACCACUACGUCUACAACUACUACCACUCCAUCAACUACUACAACCACAACGCCAACAACAACAACUCCUACAACUACAACAACUCCGACAACUACAACAGCUCCGACGACUACAACCACCACCACGCCUACAACUACUACCACUCCAACAACUACAACCACAACACCAACAACUACAACUACACCGACAACUACCACAACAACCACGCCCACAACUACAACAUCAACAACCACCACUACCACUACUCCAACAACUACAACCACAACAACACCAACAACAACCACACCAACUACAACUACAAUAGAUUGUGUAAAGGUUUGCCGAUCCUGGGGCAGAACUCCAUUAUUUCCGACCACACCGGACAAAAAGCCAGUCACCACUGUACCGUCUCCAUACAGCAAUAAGACUCCUCUCUGGGAAUCUGCCUUAUUUGUUUUACCGUUUACCAUAUCUUUUGAUAUUAAAUGGGAUGAUGACUACCUCCAGAAGGAGUCUGAUCAAUACCGGGAUCUUUCUAGGAAGGUCAUAGAUCUGUUGGAGACGAUUUAUAAAGACAUUCCAGGUUUCAGAAAAAUUACCAUUGUUCAUUACAGGCAUGGCAGCGUGGUUUGCACAUACGCUGUGAAUUUGGACGCGACGUCACAGCGAGAUAAAACAUGGGCAACAACUCUUGUUAGAUUACAGACAGUUCAAAACCAAAUGGACUCCUGGAGUACUGUCCACAAUGUAGGAACUCUCGUUCCUGGAUAUAUCAGGAAAAACCGCCCAGCUGAAUAUGCACAAGCCCAAGUCAUUGUUCAGUCUCCUUGUUUUGCCACGGGAAUUUGUCCAGUUGGAUAUGACUGCCAAUACACUGGGGGAGUAACGUCUUGCAUUCAUAAGUGUAUGACUACCAAUCCUUGUCAAAACGGAGCGGAAUGUUACGUUAAUGAACAGAACAAUAUCGGUUGCAGGUGUAAAACAAGUGACAAGUUUGUGUAUUACGGGGACCAUUGUGAAAACUCAGACGAACGCCUCAAGAUGCAGUCUAAGUAUAUCAUUCUCCUGGCGUGUGCUGGGGGCGCUGUCCUCCUCAUAGCGCUUAUCUGUGUGUGUUGUCUCUGUGUCAAACGAAGACCGAGGGAGAAGGGAGAGUACCAGUUUCAGGAACUCCGGGAUUCGUACCACUAUCCUCCAAUAACGGACCUGGAGAUCGACAAUAGCUUCUCCGGUGCUGACAAUCGGGCCUACCAGACGUCGUUUGUAAGGGAGGAAGUACCAGGAUCAUCUCAUCGAUUUUCGACCAACGAAGCAAGGAUUUAAACAAAACAAUUGUAAUGGAUUGAGUUGAAAUGAGGUUGCUAUUUAUGCGUGUAUUCAAUAUAGUAGCACCAAUCCAUAUGUUUCUCACGUCAAAAAGGUGACGAAAUCAUGGGUAAAGAUACCGUUAAAAAAUGCAGGCUUAGACUUUAAGCUAUCCUCAUGGACGAAUUCAAUGUCAAACUGCAGCAGAAUAUCUUGUUUGUGAUCUUUAUCAUAUUAAUUACUUGUUAAUUGUCAAAGUAGGUAUUAUCGCAUCAAAACAGCUAUAUAUGUGAGGUGGGGGUUAAUCUGGGAAAACGCUACUUAUAAUGCCAACUUAAAAGUAUGUCAUUCAUUUACUAUUUUGUAAGGCCGUGUGUUUUGCCAAGACCUUAAUGAAAACAUUUUUGGAAUGUAAAAAUACAAUAAGCGGACAAAUUUGUCCGUGUUCCAAUAAACAGCAUAUGAUAAUUCUAUUAUAGUGUCUUAAACAUUUACUGUAAUUCAAAUAGAUUAAGAUUUUAUAGUAAAACUUAUGUAAAAAAAACCCACAUUAUCCCCCUCCCCGAUCCCUUCUUCAUUCUCAUGUUUAAAAGGGAGUGUAUUUUAUAUGUAAUUGUAUAAACAAAUGUUCAUAUAUUUUCUUAAUAUAGAAAACGAGAUGUUUUGUGUUACCUUUCUGUUUAUGCCAUUCUCAGUUUUGAACAGUAUUGCAUAUUUUUUACCAAUACGAAUUGUUCUCGUGUCGGUCAGGAAUUGUUAUUAAGCACUUGUGUAUAUGUUUGGUUUCCAAAUUAGUUGUUCUUUUUUAUGUAUUUUAAUGUAAAAUCCUUAAUACAAUACCCUAUUUAUAUUGUAUGUGAUAAAUAUAGACCUAUGUAUUUUGGUGUAUUGACAUGCCGUUGAUAUAUAUCACUUGAUAACUUUAUACUUCUAUUUUAAUAUUUUAUAUCGUUAAAUACGUAAGCUAUUAAUUAAGAUAUAUACAUAUCUGUGUGUAUGAGUGCGUUGGAAAGUAGGUAUACAUUGUUAGAUUUUAAUGUCUAAUGAUCCAAAUUUUGGAAUAAUUUAUCAGACAGCUCAAAUGUAUCCUUAUGCUAUGGCGAGUAUUGUUGGACCAGGGUCUCCUAUUUGGUGAACUGAUGUACAAAGAAUUCCAAGAUCAUUCAUCCAAGAACAACAGAGAAUACCGACAUUAUAACAAAAUCGUAAUUAUAACAACUAGGAUGAAUUGCGAACAAAAAUAUAGAUUUGCAUGAAUAUCCUUAAAAAUUAAAAAGAGAAUAUUGAUUUCAUUUAUUGGCGAUUUUAUGAUUACAUUGGUAUUCUCUGUUGUUCUUGAAUGACUUAUCUUUUCCUAGUACAUUUAGUAUUAAUGUCAUCUUGACAUCGAUGCUUUUAAUUAUUAGUUUAUAAAAUUGAUUUUCAAAAUUAAAACAUGUUUAAUGUACAAUUUGACUGAUCUAAUAAGAGGUUCUUUUUCAUAUAUCAAUACGCAACGUCAAUGGCCGUAUUGUUUCGUCUCAUUUCCCGCGCCGUUUUCAAUUUUUUUUUCAUAGAGGUAUGAAAAUAAACAUUAACCAAUCAGAAAGCCGCAUACAAGCAAUGCAAAAUUAAUUAUUCGUUCACCAAAUAAGAGGCGAUAGUCCGGUAGCACUCGCCAUAUCAUAAUGAGACCAGGUGUUCCAAUAGGGUAAGUGUCUUCCGCUAAAUCGUCCACACCUGAAUCUUAAAGUUAUUUUAUUAGAAAAUUUAAUACUUGGGUGGAACCGUAGAUAUUAAUCAUAUCCAACCUUGAUUUAAUUAUCAAAUAUGUCAGGAAGUUAAGCAUAUUUUUUGUCACGAACUAUACAUCUUGUCCAGGACAAGACGACCAGUGUCGCUCCUUGGUGAUGUAAUGCGGAAACAACUAGGAUCUGAUUGUUAGAUAUGUCUUAUGAAUAUAUUCCCUGUGUAUUAUGAUAUAGUUUAUAUAUACAUGUAAUUCAUGAAACAUACGUUUUUGUCAUAAUAUUUUUGUGGAUCCCAGUACCACCCUAGCUUUUUAUAAACUCUUUUAAGUCAUAAAACACUGAUUUGUGGGUAAAAAAUAAAUUUCAAUUUGAUUUUAUUGUAAAGAGGUGUGUAUGGAUUUGUAUCCCUAGUGAAUAUUUUGAAACCGAGAAUUAAAGUACAAUUUAUUCUGUU